AUGAAGGGCUACUGCACGAAUUCAGCGUAUCUGUCUCUUAUGAAGGAACAAUGUCCACUCACUUGCGGUUAUUGCACCGGUACUGCAACCACACCGAAGCCGUCGACAUGUGCUGACAUAAGAAAUCCACGAACCGGAGAGAACGAAUGUCCUGGAAUGGCCGCCUAUUGCCGUAACUCAGCCUAUCUCUCUUUCAUGAGAGAGCAAUGCCCCAAGACAUGCGGAUACUGCUAA